GUCCGUCUGUUCAACACAGAAGAUGCCCCGUGCAUGGCCAUAUCCACAGGCCUUGGGGGUGCCCCCCCAGCUCCAUCCACUAGUUUCCGAUCUUCCAUGGACGGCCCUCCGGGUUUUAGCCGACCUAAGAAAGUCCGGUGCGACUCCGCGGCAGUGGCGGCGAUGGUGACUCAAACUCCUUGGAAGACUCCUGAAAAAGUGGAGCUGGAGGCGGAGUGGCAGGUGGUGGCAGGGGAGGACAGCGCGCAGGUGGAGGUGCAGAAGCAGAGAGAGAUGCGCUCCUUCGAGGCCUUCUAUCCACGACCCUCUGCCAUUCCUGAAUCGUACGCACAAGUUCAUCUCUUCACCUUGCUUCGAGUUCAAGCAGUCCUGCACCUCCGAACUUUGCUGGGCUCUGUCUGUCUCGCUUCCUCUCUCUCCCCCCUCCUUCCGCUCGUGCUAACAGUCCUCGUUCUCUGUUUCGUUUCCCCUGCUCUCCAUUUGUUGUCCCAUCCCUCCCUUUUCUCCCCUUCCUGCCUCCGUCCUCCCUUCCGGCCAGCGGAGCCGCAGGAUCCAUUGGAGGCGGUGCAGGACGACAGUCGCAUCCCCGUCAUCCCGCUCGUCUCACUAGACGACGACGCUGCUGACGACCCCGACGCCUCCGCCUCCCCCGCUGCUCCGCCCGACUCCGCCGCAGCAGCCGCAACAGGGGAAGCCACAGCAGGCGCAGGAGUAGCGGGAGCAGCAGCAGGGGGAGGAGCCGUGGGAGGUGGAGGGGAGCAAAUGGCAGGAGCGCUACCAGGGCAAGGUCCUGGGGCGGGGUAUCCCAGAAGACCGGAUAUGAUGACAGCAGGCCCACACGCGCCAGCGGCAGUACCCCCGGCAGGUCUGGGAGCAGGAGCGAUGCCAAGCCCGCCUGCCAUGCACCCUGGAAGGCCUCCCAUGCAUGGGCCCCCUAUGCACGGCCCGCCUAUGCACGGCCCACCUAUGCACGGCCCGCCUAUGCAUGGGCCGCCGCCUAUGCAUGGCCCGCCCAUGCCUCACCUUGGUGGUGGCAUGGGGUGGAGGGGACCCCCUUCGGGCAUGCAGCAUGAGGGGCCCAUGGGCAAUGGCAUGGGUCCUCCUCCCUGGAACGUGCCUAGAGGGGGUGAUGGCGGCGGCGGCGGCGGCGGCAGAGGCAUGGAGAGUGCGCGCAACGGCAUGGGGAAUGCUGGGUUUGCAGGUUCGCCUGGGCCUGCGGGAGGGAGGGUGAUGAAAGGAGAAAUGGGCGGUGAAUCAGGUGUGUCUGCACGGGUCCUGGGGAGUGGUGUGAGUCGUGAGGGACGGACGGGAGGAGGAAAAGGAGGGGGACGGGGCGGGGUAGGGGGAGGAGAAGGAGGAAGAGGAGGAGGGGAAAGGGGGGGAGGAACGGGGGUUCCAGCGGCUGAGAUAGCAGCGGCAGCAGCAGCAGCUGUGGCAUCUCUGUCGGAUUCCGGGGCAGUGGAUGAGGAGUUAUUGGCCAAGACCAUUGCGGCGCUCACAGCGUCACAGAGUGCAUCAGGAGUGGGCGCUGCAGCAGCUCGUAACGGCUCGGGUUUCGGUUCUGGUGCUGGCGGUGCUGGCGGUGCUACUAUGGGAGAAGCCGGACCUCCAAUGCGACCCCCAGGGCCGCAUUCCGGACCCCCUCGCGGGUUUCCUCCGCAUGCAGGCCCUCCGCCUGGUCCCGGCGGCCCUCCUCCCCGGCCCGGCGGCCCUGCAACCCCCCCUGGACCCAUGCCCAUGGGUGGCGCAGGCGGACCCAUGGGCGCUGCAGCAGCAGCAGGAGGAGGGGGAGGAGCAGGAGCGGGAGUAGGAGCGGAAGGAGGAGGGGGAGGAGGGGGACCACCUAUGGGGCAGGUUGGUCCCAUGGGACCUGCAAGUAUUCGUGGGGGGCCUGGGGGCCCUGGGGGACCGUUUGGUCCGGGCGGACCAAGUGGCGUGGGCGGAAGACCAUCAGGGCCAGGCGGGCCGCCCUUCCGACCACCCUUCCCACCCAACGGGCCCGGCCCAGGGCCAUUCCCCAUGGGCCCUCCUGGACCCGCCGGCAUGCCUCCCGGCCCUCCCCCAUUCCCUGGACCCGGGGGACCAGGGGGCCCAGGGAGACCGGGGGGACCAGGGGGUCCGGGGGGAUUCAGAGGACGAGGGGGAAGGGGUCCGCCAGGGCCGAGGGGAAUGGGGUUUAUGGGUGGGCCCAGGGGUCGACCGGAUGGGCCCCCGCCACCAUUCCAUGGCGGGCCUCCUCUCCCUCCUCCCCGCGGGCCUAUGAACGGGCCCCCCACGCCCUUUGGCCCCGACGAAGGCCCGUUUCCCCCGUUCAAUGAGCCUGGUAAGGGCCCUAUGCCCCGCCAUAUGCCCCCCCGCAUGGGGCCUGGUCCUGGCCCGAAUGCUGGCCCGAACUUCGGUCCUAACAUACCCCCCGAAUUUGGUCCCAAUAUCGGCCCAGGUGGUGGCAACAUGGGUCCAGGUGGCAACAUGGGUUCUGGGCCGGGCAUGAGUCCAGGGCAUGGCAUGGGGCCUGGUGGGGCUAAAUUCGGACCUGGUGGGCCGGGGGGGCUUCCCCCUGCUGCCCACAUGCGCCCUUCUCCAUCCGAUCCGCUGACUACUGCGGAUAGCCCUUCCCAUGGAGCCAUGCGUGGACCCCAUGGGGCGUGGCAAGGCAGGGACGGCGGUGGUGGUCGAGCGGGAGGAGUGGGUGAGGGGAACGACGGAGAUGGGGGUGAUAGGGGAGGAGCAGCGCAGGGGGGAGGGGCGGCGGCUGCAGCAGGAGGAGGAGGAGCAGGCGGAGGGGGCAGGGAUGGGUCAGCAAGAGAGGCUGCUGGGCGUGGUGGUGAUGUUGAGGCAGGGCGGAUAGAAAGAUUUGAGCGAGGAGCUGGCUUGGACAAGGAGAAAGGCGAUGCAGGAGGUACCCCAGAUGCAGGAGCAGCAGGAGCAGGAUCGGGCAUGUAUAGGUCAGGGGUGAAACCGUCUCUCCAGUGGGUGACCAAGGUUGAAAAGGUGCCUGUUGGGGCUCCCAUGGGCGCGGGUACAGAACCGGGAGCAGCAGCAGGCGCAGCUGAAGGGCUGUUGCAGCAAGGGCCAGGGGGAAUGCAAGGCUCGUCAGCAGCAGUGGCAGGCGCAGCAGGGACAGCAGGGGCAGCAGGAGCAGCGGGGCAAGCUGGAGGGAUCCAGGGAGCACAGAGUCACAUGUCUGCCAUCACGCCAUCCAAUGGCCCAUCCAGUGGCUCUCCCAAUGGCCCUUCAAAUAGGCCCCCCAGCGGCGCUCCCAGCGGCCCCGCCAACAGCUCCGUCUCCGGGGCUGCGGAUGUGCCUGCUGCUUCCCCUGGCGCCCCCUCCUCUCUGUCUGGGAACGGCUCCAUUCCGCCUCAAGGACCCCUGGGCCCCCCCAAUGGCCCUCCAGGUCCCCCUGGGCCCCAAGGCUGGGGGGGCGGGGCACCGUUUAAUGGCAUGGGGGGCCCUGUUCCCCCACCUUUCCAUGAGGGGAGGGGGGGAGGGGGAAUGGGAGGGGGCGGAAUGGGCGGAGGGGGGAUGGGAGGGAGAGGGAUGGGAGGAGGGGCCAUGGGAGGAGGGGGAAUGGGCGGAGGGGGCAUGGGCGGAGGGGGCAUGGGCGGGGGGACCAUGGGCGGGGGGGGAAUGAGCGGAGGGGGCAUGGGCGGAGGAGGCAUGGGCGGAGGGGGCAUGGGCGGUGAGGGCAUGGGCGGAGGGGGCAUGGGCGGAGGGGAAUGGGCGGAGGGGGAAUGGGCGGAGGGGGAAUGGGCGGAGGGGGAAUGGGCGGAGGGGGAAUGGGCGGAGGGGGAAUGGGCGGAGGGGGCAUGGGCGGAGGGGGCAUGGGCGGAGGGGGAAUGGGCGGAGGGGGCAUGGGCGGAGGGGGCAUGGGCGGAGGGGGCAUGGGCGGUCCUUUCCCCCGGGGACCCCCUGGUGGGCCAGGCUUUGGGGAUGGCCCCCCGGGACCCCCGUUUGGGGAGUUUGACAAGCAGGGGGGCGGAGGAGGGUGGGGAAGGGGAGGCCCAGGGGGAGGGGGAGGGAGGGGGCGGAGGCGGUGUCUGCCCGGGACCAGAGGGAUUCGUGGGUGGCGGUAGAGGAGGGGGAGGCGACUGGGGUGGCGGGGAAUGGGGUGGUGGAGAGUGGGGGGGAGGUGAAUGGGGAGGUGGUGGGGGAGGCGGGAUGAUGGGGGGAGGUGGGGGUGGACGUGGCGGGGGGAUGAUGGGGCCGGGGGGGAGAGGAGGGAGGUUGGGGGGUGGAGGGCGAGGAGGGAUGAUGGGUAGAGGCGGGGGAAGGGGCGGGCGGAUGGAUGAGAAUGGGGGGUACAUUGGCAUGGGUGGGGGGGAUGAGGGAGCCAUGGGGGGGAAUAUGGGGGGAACUGGAGGGCCUGGGGGUAUGGUUGGGGGAAGUAUGGGUGGGGGAAAUUCGGGUGGAGCAGGGGGUAUGGGCAGAGGUGGGAAUAUGGGCGGAGGGGGCAAUAUGGGAGGGUGCAAUAUGGGAGGAGGGAGUAUGGGAGGAGGGAACAUGGGCGGAGGGGGAAGCAUGGGCGGAGGGGGAAAUAUGGGCGGAGGGGGAAGCAUGGGCGGAGGGGGAAAUAUGGGCGGAGGGGGAAAUAUGGGCGGAGGGGGAAGCAUGGGCGGAGGGGGAAAUAUGGGCGGAGGGGGAAGUAUGGGUGGAGGGGGAAAUAUGGGCGGAGGGGGAAGCAUAGGCGGAGGGGGAAAUAUGGGUGGAGGGGGAAUCAUGGGCGGAGGGGGAAAUAUGGGCGGAGGGGGAAGCAUGGGCAGAGGAGGAAACAUGGGCGGAGGGGGAAGCAUGGGCGGAGGGGGAAAUAUGGGUGGAGGGGGUUUUAUGGGAGGGGGGGACUUUGGAGGAGGUAUGGGUGGAGAGUGGAAUGAAGGGAAUUGGGAGGGUGAGAACUGGGGAAAUGCUGCUGCCAUGGGUGGUAGGGAAGGCGGUAGGGCGAUGAUGGGAGGGGACAUGGCAGCAGGGCAGGGGGGUGCAGGCAGUGGCAGCAGAGACAGCAUGAUGGGCGGUGCUGGUGGCGCUGGUGGUGCUGCUGGUGCUGUGGAUGGUGGGGGUGGUGGAGGAAGAGGAGGAGGGCGAGGAGGGGGAGCGGGGCGAGGAGGGGACUUCAACUAUAACUGA